AUGACGACUACUUCGGCCGAACCGGCCGCUGCAUCUGCGAUUCCCAAACCCAACCAACCUGACGAGGCACAGAAAUCAAACGCCAACGAUCAAGAUCAGAACCAGAAGAUCUCACAAAAGAAAGUACACAUUCCAAAGCCCAAGUAUCGCCUCCAUGCCGAGGACCUCCGCCAUCCAGAAUCUGCCUCAUUCUCUACCUACAUCCCGGAUGUAGCCACGACUCUCGACACGGCCCUCAGCAAUAUCGUCAAAUACCUCUAUACUAGCCCAGAAACCGGGUCUCCAGUGGAUGUGAAAAGUGCACCAAAAUGCAAGCGACCUCACUUUGUCCCCUUCAUCCCGCCCACGCGCUCAGUGACGUUAUUCCUGCGCGACUUCGGCGGCGUGGCUUACACGACGGGCACAGAGUUGGACGACGCCCACAAAGAAAUCCACCUCUCAUUGCCGUAUAUCACGCACUGCAAGAACUCGGCCGCGAAAGCUGACCCGGUGCAUGAACUAGCGGGUGUGCUGACCCACGAGCUGGUCCACUGCUACCAGCAUACCUCGCCCCCGGACUCUGCGAAGGGCGGGAAGGAUACCCCAGGCCCACCGGGAGGUCUGAUUGAAGGUAUUGCGGACUUUGUUCGGCUCAAGGCUGGCCUGUCGCCGCCGCAUUGGACGCGGCCUACGUCUUCUUCACAGAGGGAGAAGAAAUGGGAUGCUGGGUAUCAGCAUACGGCGUACUUCUUGGCGUGGAUUGAGGAUGUCUGGGCUGGCGAGGGUGCGGUUGGUAUGCUCAAUGAUCGGCUCUUCAGGGUUGGUUAUGUAGGCGAGGGGGCGGAGGAUGAGGCGAAUGGUCAUGAAGGGGGCUUUUGGAAAAGUCUCUUUGGGGCUGGGGUUGCGGAAUUAUGGGAUGAAUAUGGGCAGUGGCUUGACGAUGGUGAGAAGGCUAAAGGAAACUGGGAGGAAGAGAUUGUUAACCCAGUAUAA